AUGUAGAAACAUCCAAUAUUACCGAUGAAUACUCCAAGAGACACUAAUUAUUAGAUAUAAUAUUAGGCAACAUUAAAGAAAUAGUAUGAUGCUAUAACUCCAACUUAAAAUACAAUAAGCAAGAAAACUGAAAUACCAAGAGCGCCAUCAGCUAUGAAUAAUAAAUUAUAUGCUGAAUAAACAAUGAUGAGAAAUAAACAAUAUUAACCAGAUUAAUAGUAUUAAAACUCAAUUAAAGUAGUCAUUAAAAAUAAAGUUCAUAGGGUAGUCUUUCUAAUUGUAACAGCAAUAAAUCUAGGAGUUCUAAAAACUCUACCGGUUUUGAGUAAUUUAUAAAUAUAUAUAGUGAAGUAGCAUAGUAGAAUCAAUCAUCUAAUCUGCGAAUAUCCCAUUUUCAUACUAAUACAGCACCUGUUAAUUUGUACGAAUAGAAAUUUAAUGAUGAAAUGUUCCUUAUUAAAGAUCAAGACACAGGUUUCUAAUUCUACUUAUUACUACAGGAACUGUUUACGAUAUUAGAUAAGUUGACAAGAUUCAAGUUAAUAAAGAAUACAUGGCCAAAUUAAAAAAAAGACAUAAAUCAGCAUGGUAAGGUUGGUGGUAAUAAAAAAGAGAAAACAACCAUUAUCUAAUUCUUAAUGCUAAACAAAACAAUAUCAAAGAAGUUGAAAAAUUAUUAGACAUUCCAACAAAAGAUUUAAAACCAGAAAUUAAUGUUAAAGAUGAUAAUGGUAUAUAAAUUAUAUACUUAUUUAGGAUUUGCUUCUAUUCAUUAUAGUUGUCUAAAUUAAAACUAUGAUUUAUCAUUAUUACUUCUUAAAAAUGAAGCAGAUUGUGAUUCAAUUAAUGCUUAAGGAUAAACACCUCUAAUCAUUUGUGCUUAAAAUGGAUGUGAUUCUAUUGCCACAUUAUUAUUAACUGUAGGUUCUGAUAUUAAUCAUAUAGAUAACCAUUCUAAUACAGCAUUACAUUAUGCAUGUUUAUUUUGUAAAUUAUUAUUUAUUUUAUCUCUCCUUAGAACAUAUUAGAAUUGCUGAAAUCCUAUUAGCCAGACCAUCAUUACAAUUAAAUUUAAAAAAUUUAGAUAAUAAAUCUCCUGUUGAAUUAAUCCAAAAUAAUAAUACUCUCAAAAAUCUGAUUGAAAAACAUUAUAGAGUAAAUAAUAAAUAUUUAAUUUCAUUUUUAGAUGAAAAAAGAUUCAUUUAAUUAAAGUCACAAAGUUUAAAUUUAUGAUGAUUCUAAGGAAUAAUAAAAAGUCAAUUCUCCCACUAGUAAAUAAUAAUAUUAUCUCACUAAUCAAUACUAAUAAUAAUCUAAAUGUUACUCACCAUAUUAAACAGAUAAUUAAUUCUCUACAUCUAAUCGUACAACCCUUAAUCAAGUUGUAUUUCUUCAUUUAAUAUUAGUCUUAAUUAAAUGAAAGUGAAAUGAUUGGUCCAUCCAAUAUUAGAAUUAUAUUACAAAUUGGUAAAGGUUCUUUUGGAGAUGUUUAUUUAGUUGAAAGAAGAAAUUAAAAUAAAAUUGGAUAAGGAUAAAAAUAUGCUAUGAAAGUCUUACCUAAGAGUAAAUUUUUAGGACAUAAUUUAAUUAGAUAUGCUAUGGCUGAAAGGAAUAUCUUAUCUUAUUUAAAUCAUCCUUAUAUAGUUAAAUUAAGAUUUGCCUUUCAAACUAAUACUCAUCUUUGUUUAUUGAUGGAUUUUUGUCCAGGUGGAGAUUUAUCUAAAAUAAUUUUAAAUUAAAAAAGAAUCCCUGAAUAAGCUGCUAAAUUAUAUAUUGCAGAAAUUCUUACAGCUUUAGAACAUCUUCAUAAAAAUGAUAUUAUCUACAGAGAUUUAAAACCAGAAAACAUAGUAAUAGAUUCCUAAGGUCAUGCUAUGUUGACUGAUUUUGGUUUAUCAAAAGAAGGAGUUAGAGAUAAUUAUGGAGCUAAAAGUUUUUGUGGUUCUAUGGCAUAUUUGGCUCCAGAAAUGUUAAAAAGAGUUGGACAUGGAAGAGCUGUUGAUUGGUACCAUUUAGGUAUUUCAAAUAUAAUUUAUUUAUUAAGGAAUUUUAUUAUAUGAAAUGAUCAGUGGAAAACCUCCAUAUUUUUCACCUAAUAGAGAUGAAAUGCUGAAUAAUAUUGAAUGCAAUAAAAUUUCAUUUCCAGAUAAUAUUUCCAAAGAAUGCAAAUCAAUUAUAUAAUUGCUACUGGAAAAGAAUCCUAUGAUUAGAUUGGGAGCAUCAUUAAGAGAUGCUGAUGAAAUCAAAGAUCAUCCCUUUUUUAAAUAAAUUAAUUGGGAUGAUCUCUUAAAAAAGUAAUUUAUUAAAUUAUUUUUAUAGAAAAUAUAAACCUCCUUAACCAAUUAUUAAUUAAGAAAUUUUAAAUUAAAAAUUUGAUAUCCCAUUUGAUUUUAUAUUAUCAGCUGAUAAAUCUAGCUCAAUUAACUACAUUAAUGGAUGGUCAUUUAUUAAUAAUGAUUUCAGCUAAUUUUGA